AUGCCGGCGGCCAGGAUUGGGGCAGCAGGCUCCAGCUCAGCUCGCGGGAAUCCGGAAUCUUCCCAGAGGCCAGGCGGCCAGGGCCCGCGGCAAGCCCUGCGCGCUUUGCGCGGCGCCACGACUGUGCGCUUCCCCACUGAGGGGCAGCGCCCAGCCGCCAGCCCCAGCGUCCCGGCGCAGCCUCCACGCCCCUCCAAACUCCCGGCGCAGCGCGGACACCUCGGCUCCGCCGCCGCCGCCGCCGCCGCCGCCACUCCCCCCACAUUCCUGAGGCCGCAGUGCCGUCUCCUUCCUCGCAUUCCUGCCCCCGCCGGGGUGGACGGACCGAGCCGCGCGGAGAGAGGCCCGCGGCGCGCAGCGGCCCCCGAGCUCAGCGCGCAGCCGGCCGGCAGUCCGCGGGCCAGCCUGGCGGGCUCGGACGGCGGCAGCGCCCGCUCCAGCGGCAUCAGCCUGGGCUACGACCAGCGCCACGGCAGCCCACGCUCCGGCCGCUCCGACCCACGCCCCGGGCUCGGGCCGCCGUCGGUGGGCAGCGCCCGCUCCAGCGUGUCCAGCUUGGGCUCCCGCGGCUCGGCGGGCGCCUACGCCGACCUGCUGCUGCCCCUGCCCAGCACCUGCCCCGCGCCGGCCCGCUCCCCAGAGCCUGCCGGGCCGGCCCCUUUCCCGCUGCCUUCGCUGCAGCUGCCCCCGGCCCGGGAGGGCGGCCCGAGCGCGGCUGAGCGGCGGCUGGAUGCGCUCACCCGGGAGCUGGAGCGGGCGCUGGAGGCGCGCACCGCGCAGGAUUACUUUGGCAUUUGCAACAAGUGUGGGCUUGGCAUCUAUGGAGCAAGGCAGGCGUGCCAGGCGAUGGGGAGCCUCUAUCACACCGACUGCUUCAUCUGUGACUCCUGCGGGAGACGGCUCCGAGGGAAGGCCUUCUAUAACGUGGGUGAGAAAGUGUACUGCCAGGAGGACUUCCUGUACUCCGGGUUCCAGCAGACGGCUGACAAGUGCAGUGUGUGUGGACACCUCAUCAUGGAGAUGAUCCUGCAGGCUCUGGGCAAGUCCUACCACCCAGGCUGCUUCCGGUGCUCCGUGUGCAAUGAGUGCCUGGACGGGGUGCCCUUCACGGUGGAUGUGGAGAACAACAUCUACUGUGUCCGAGACUACCACACGGUUUUUGCACCAAAAUGUGCCUCCUGUGCCCGUCCUAUCCUCCCUGCACAGGGCUGUGAGACGACCAUCCGUGUGGUGUCCAUGGACAGAGACUACCACGUGGAGUGUUAUCACUGUGAGGACUGCGGGCUGCAGCUGAGCGGGGAGGACGGUCGCCGCUGCUACCCCCUCGAGGGCCACCUACUGUGCCGCCGCUGCCACCUGCGGCGCCUCGGGCCGGGCCCACUUCCCUCGCCCGCUGUGCGAGUCACUGAGCUCUGAGCAGGGCUGGGUGGGGGCGGGUGUGUGUGGGAGAGGGCCGGGUGGGAGGCCCGGUCCGUGUCGCUGAAUUCCACCCCCCUCCUUUGCACACUCCCCACCGAGCUGCUGUCCUGUGCUGUCCGCAGGGGCCGGACCCCCGCGUUGAAGCUACUAUUUAUUCACCGUCUGUGCCUCCUCAAGCCACCCCCCUCCCCCGCCUUACUGUCCCCACCUGCCCCAUCACUGGCUUUGGUUCCAGGACCCUCCGAGCGCGCUCCCCGGGCAGGCUGUGUCCGGAAGGCGGGUUGGUGGAGGGCGAGGUGUCCGCUUCCUAAACGCCCUGCCCGCUGGGCGGUGGGAAGGGUGCCUUGUUUGCGUGGGGCCACAGAGCGGGUGAGGAACGACCCCCUCGGGGAACACUGGGGUUUGGCCACGGGGGGCUUUGAAGGGUGUUUUCAGCCACAUUUUCGCGUUCCCUGGCUCCUAGUCUGGGGAUUGCCCUUGCUCCCUGCCAUCUUCCGCGCCGGGAAAAGCCUGCCUCGGCGCCGAGUUCUAGCGGCAAGGGUCGCCGAGGAGGGACCGCGAGCGGGCGCCCUGCCCGUCUUCCUGGGGAAGCACCUGUGCGCGCGCUGUGUGUAUCAGGCUCCACGAGAAAAGAGAUGAUUUGACUUAAAUUAAGUUUUUCCUUUGAGGAUAUUUUCAUUUUCUUUAAAAGAAUAUAGUUUUCUUCUAAGAGCUUGGACCAAGGUUUUAUUUCUUAAAAUUACAGCAGAUUCACAAACGUCCGAUUUGUAUAUCACGUGGUUGGAUUUUAGGUGGUAAGGACAUUGUAAGUUUAAUUAUUUUUGUAUAAAUUCGUUUAAAAUCUCA